GUCUGUAUCAUCAUUAAUAGUAUCACUGUGACCUUCAAAGCUUCAAACUUCAAGGACUCGGCAGUCGAGCACGGAGCACAGUCCACCAUGACCUUUAUAUCUUCGAUACUCUCCUGGUUUAGUAGCAUAUUCUUCUCCAAAGCCGCUGAAAUAUCUGUGGUUGGGCUGCAGGCUUCUGGAAAGACUUCGUUUGUGAAUGUCAUCGGGUCGGGGCAGUGGUCGGAAGACGUUGUUCCAACUGUCGCAUUCAACUACCGCAAGGUACGCAAAGGCGCUGUAACCCUGAAGAUAUGGGAUGUCGCAGGACAACCCAAGUUUCGCUCAAUGUGGGAGCGUUAUUGUAACGGAGUUGAUGCUGUCGUAUUCGUAGUUGACUCAGCUGAUCAAGAGAAGUUCGACACGGCACGUUUCGAAUUGCACCAACUAUUAGCGCAGCCGAAUCUAGCAGGUGUCCCUCUUUUGGUGCUUGGAAACAAGAAUGACGUUCCUUCGCAUGCAUCUGUCAAGGAUCUUAUACACGACCUUCAACUGGACAAGAUACAAGACCGCCCAGUCUCAUGUUACUCGUGUUCGAUGAAGAGCCAACAUAAUUUGGACAUAGUCCUCCGCUGGCUCUCAGAUCGUAGUCAUUAGGUGCUAUCCCGACUCACCACAUGGUUUAUGGAACGCAGUCAACAUUACCCAUUUUCAGACAUCUAGUAGGAUUGAAGCAUAUUGUGUGACAUUCGUAUUAAUGCAGACAUAUUAUUAUGAGAUCA